CCCGUUGCCCCGGCAACGAGCGGGGAAACGGCCGGCGUAGGUGCAGCUCUGCCCGAGAGGGUCGCCGCGGGCCCGGCCGGGCUCGGUUGGGACAUGCUGCAGCUCGGGCCGGGACAGCCUUCGAAAAUUCCGGGGCGCAGAGAAACAUGGCACUCCCCACGCUGCCCUCCUCCUGGUGCAGCCGGAGGCUCCCGGAUCAGCAGGCUGCGCGACAGCGACGCCGGGAGCAGGAGGCCCAGCUUCGGCAGCAGUGGGAUCAGAACAACCGCUACUUCAAGGUGUCUGACAUCUGCAGCUCCAAACAGGCAGAAUGGAGCUCCAAGGCCUCCUACCAGAGGAGCAUGCACGCCUACCAGCGGGAGAAGAUGAAGGAGGAGAGGAGGAAGCGUCUGGAGGCCCGACGGCAGAGACUUGGGCAGCUUCUGGCGGAGGAGCAGGACCUGCUGGCCAGAGAACUGGAGGAGCUGAGGCUGAGCAUGAACUUGAGGGAAAGAAGAAUCCGGGAGCAGCACGGGAAUCUGAAGUCAGCCCGAGAGGAGCAAAGGAAACUGAUUGCUGAACAGCUUUUGUAUGAACACUGGAAAAAGAACAACCCCAAACUUCGAGAGAUUGAAUUGGAACUUCACAAGAAACAUGUGAUAAGCUCUUGGGAAGCACAGAAAGAGGAAAAAAAACAGCAAGAAGUCGCCAAAGAGGAAAAGGAAAAACGGUAUGAAAAUGAAUAUGAAACGGCCCGCCGGGAAGCGCUGGAACGGAUGAAAGCAGAAGAGGAGAGGAGGCAACUGGAGGGUAAACUGCAGGCAGACGCGCUGCGUCAGCAGAUGGAGGAGCUGAAGGUGAAGGAGAUGGAGGCCACCAAACUAAAGAAGGAGCAGGAGAAUCUGCUGAAGCAGCGCUGGGAGCUGGAGAGGCUGGAGGAAGAGCGGAAGCGGAUGGCAGCCUUGUGGCAGAAGGCGGAGCUGGGACGCUUUUUGAGACAUCAGUAUAACGUGCAGCUCAACAGACGUACACAGCAGAUCCAAGAGGAACUGGAGGCAGACAGGCGCAUCCUGCAGGCGCUGCUGGAGGAGGAGGACGAGAACCAGCGCGUGCACCUGGCCCGGAGGGAGCAGGCCCAGGCCGACGUGGCCUGGAUGAAGCGGGUCAUCGAGGAGCAGCUGCACCUGGAGAGGGCGCGGGAGGCGGAGCUGCAGAUGCUGUUGAGGGAGGAGGCUAAGGAAAUGUGGGAAAAGAGAGAGGCAGAGUGGGCCCGUGAGAGGAGUGCUCGAGACCGGCUGAUGAGCGAGGUUCUGACAGGGAGACAACAACAAAUACAGGAAAAGAUUGAACAAAACCGACGGGAGCAAGAGGAAUCCCUGAGACACAGAGAGCAACUUAUUCGAGAUCUUGAGGAGGCAAGAGAGUCAGCUCAUCGUGAGAAAGAGGAGAGCGAAGAACUGAAAUCGGCCAGGAAGCAGGAGCUGGAAGCCCAGGUUGCAGAGCGCCAGCUGCAGGCGUGGGAAGCGGACCAGCAGGAGGAGGAGGAGGAAGAAGAGGCGAGGCAGGCAGAGCAGCUCACAGACGCCCUGCUGCGGCAGGAGGCGAAGAUGAUGGCCGAGCAGGGCUACCGGCCCAAGCCUUACGGACAUCCCAGAAUCGCUUGGAACUGACUCUGUUGGUACCGUAAGCACAGAGAGCAAG